AUGUCAACUCAAGUCCUCACGCAAUCCGAAAUAGACUCAUCAGCAGUAUCCUUCGCAAGAGCUGAUGAGACUCAGUCUAGGGAGAAUAACGUGGAGCUACAAUAUAUCAAUGUAGAUCCACAGACAAACCCCCCUUCCUUAUCCAGACUCAACUCUAGACAUGCAGUCUCAGAAGCACCGGAACCCGAAAUCCACGAUCAAACACUCCGUCUCCCAUUCCGCCGUCUCAUAUCAGCAUACCUCUGUCUAGCAGCCAUCUACUUCAUCUCCUCCCUGGACAUAAACUCCGUCGCCACAGCCCUGCCCGCCAUCGCCAAGUCCCUCGAUGCCGGAAACAGCAUCACCUGGACCGGAACCUCGUACCUGAUGGGCCAAACAGCCUUCCAAGUCCUCUACGGCCGCCUCUCUGACAUCUUCGGCCGCAAACCCGUCCUCGUCACCUGCGUCGGUUUUCUCAUCCUCGGCGAUCUCCUCUGUGGCUUCGCACAGACGGCCACCUGGCUGUACGUCUGUCGCGCCCUGAGCGGCAUCGGCGGCGGCGGCAUCAGCUCGCUCGUUGCCAUUACAGUAAGUGACCUGGUUAGUAUGAAGGAUCGCGGCAAGUACCAGGGCAUGCUGAGCGGUGCCAUUGGGCUGGGCUCCAGUACCGGCCCGUUCAUUGCUGCUAGUAUGCUGGGUAGGGGACGGGAGGGGUGGAGGUGGAUUUUCUGGGUCCCGCCUAUUCUGGCCGCGGCGUGUGUGCUGGUUAUGUGGAGGUUUCUUCCCCUGAAGCCCGUAACGGGAAGCUGGCAAAAUAAGCUUAGGAAGAUCGACUGGGCUGGGCUUGCUGUGGCGGUGGUCGGGAUGCUGUUUCUUUUGAUUCCAAUCAAUUCCGGAGGUAAUGUCUGGCCAUGGGGUAGUGCAAUCGUCAUUUCCAUGAUGGUCCUGGGAGGCGCGUCGGUCGUUCUCUUCGUGCUGGUUGAGAAGCGAUUCGCGAAAAUCCCCUUGAUCCCGUUACGGCUGUUUAGCCAGACAUCAACAGCCGUUCUCCUUCUCCAGAGCGGGCUAUAUAACUAUGUGUGGCAAGUCGACUUGUACUUUCUGCCAGUAUACUUCCAGACCGUUCGGGGGUACAGCCCAUUGCAAAGUGCGACACUUUGUUUGCCAUUUUUGCUUGUUCAGAGUGUUUCCGGCGUGAUUUCCGGACCACUAAUGUCUAAACUCGCGAGAUACGAUCUUAUGCUCCAUGGCGGAAUGAUACUCUGGGUUGUAGGUGCCGGCAUGAAACUCCUAUUCACGCGAACUACUCCAGUCGGCGUAUACGUGAUAACAUUAAUCAUCGAAGGUGCCGGUGUCGGAUUCGUCUUCCAACCUGGUCAAAAUCCCCUCACAUCGCCCCUAGACACAAUUGCUAACCACAGUACAGCUCUCGUGGCAUUACAAGCCCAUUCCAAACCACAAGAUCGGGCCGUAGCUACCUCGACACGAAACCUGCUCCGAGCACUAGGCUCAGUCGUCGGAAUGGCCAUCUCAACAGCCGUCCAAUUCGCAGUCAUGCAGUCUGCUCUGUCCGCGUCCCUGCCUUCUGCGGUACGCGCGCAAGUCAUCGAUGGCAGCUGGGAGAUGGGCCAGCUCGGCUCCGAAGCAUGGGAAUCGGACAUCUUGGAUGCGAAGAUGAAGGGCAUUCGUGCGGUAUUUACCAUUCUAGUUCCACUGAUUGGAGUUUGUCUAGUUGGAGGCUUUUUCGUCCCGAACACUAUUCUGAAAGAGGAUUGA